AUGUAUAAAAUUCCUCGUUUUAAUUUAAUUUAUCAAUCCAUCAAUAUUCUCCAAAGUAAUUUGUAUGUUAAUUAAAAUAUAUUUAUUAUUAUCUUGAUAAAAUUAUUCAGAAAUGAUGAAAAACAAAAAGAAAUUUAAUGGAAUCAAAUUCAUCGAAGUAACCCAUAAAAUAUUACAAGUAAAAAUUAAUAUCAUUUGGAUUAGGAAAAAUAGUAUAAAGAUGCUAUUACUUGGGAUGAUGAAGGAAAUAACAUAAUUAUUAUCGAUAAAUAUUUCUUAGAAUAAAUUGUUUUGCCCAAAUACUUUAAGCAUGCCAAAUAUUCAAGUUUUUUAAGAUAGUUAAACCUAUAUGGAUUUACAAGCAGCAAAGAUUAAAAUGGUUAUUUAAAUUAUCAUCAUAAAAAUUUUGCGAGAGACAAAUGUGAUAAAGAUAGUAUUCAGAAAAAAUUACAGAUAAAAGAUAUUCAAAAGUCUUUGGGAAUAUUUUAAUCUGUAUAAACUGAACUAUAAAGUUAAUUAUUAACCUUAUAAUUGGAAUAAAAUAGAAUCAAAUAAAGCCUUUUGAAUUCAAUUGAUUAGUAAUUAUAAAUUAGAUGCAGUAUCAAAACGUUCUUAGAAGUAAAUACUUCAUUUAUAAUUGAAUAGACUAUCCGUUUCAUUAGAUUAGAGAAAGAAAAUUAAUUUGAUUAAUUUAUAAAAGGUAUUCAAACAAUUUUCUAAGGCUUGAAUCCGACAGCAUGUAUCAAAUUUGAAUUUAAAAUAGACCACUACUUUCAACAUCUUAUAAACCUUGUAUUUUAAUAAUUCAAUUUUGAAGAAGUACAAUCUAAUUAAUAUCUAUCCGAAAUGGACGAAUAGAGUAACUCUUAUAUGAUCUCCCCAUAUCCUCUUGGAUUACUUGAAUUAAGAGCAAAUCUGAGUUCUCGAAAUGAAAUAUGUUUCAAUAAUUAAGCAUUGACAUUGGAUACAUGA